GUAUCAGCUUGCGCCGUAGAUUAGUGGUUAUAGCUCUCGUACUCUGUGCGGGAGACCGGGGUUCGAUUCCUCUUGACGGCGAUUCAACAUGGGCGAGUGAAUGUUACCAUAGCCCCGGGUUAACCCAAGCCAUGUGAGGGAAAUUGGGAAGAUGGCACACUGUGUGGGCCGUUGGAUGUUGCCGGGAGUUGUCUAGUAGAGCGCGGGCUCUAAUUGGGUCUGCGUAGCUCAAAAUGAGCAUUAAAUACUCUAGGACUCUCCAUCUACGCCAUGGCCCCUCCUGGAAAUAAUAGACAGGGUAUAUCCCUCGAUAUUUGUGAGGCUAGCCAUGUAAAAUAUGCACAUCUAUCUAUCUAUCUAUCUAUCAGGCUGACUUAAAUUUCUUCAGGUAUUUAUUUUCAUUUACUCCUAUUUGUAGUAUGUUUAUAAGCUCUUAAAACAAAAGAAACACGAGUGUAAAUUAUUUUGCGGUUUACAAUGCUAGACAUUCGAUACACGGCUGGACUGUUGCACCUAGGCCCCAGGUCCUAGCCUUUAGCAGCUAAUCUGGGAUAUUUAUUUAUGAAGCGUAGGCAUGUGUUUACAAAAGCAGACACUUUUUGUGGAAAUAGGCAUUACGUGCAAAUUCUUUUAAAUUCCCUUUUUCUUUAUCAUCUAGAAUCUUUUUUUUUAAGUCUGUAUUCUUUUCAAUUUUUUAAAACGAAAGUGCUCCCUCGGCAAAUUGAAAGUAAGGAGAGAAGAUUUGACCGCGAUCCAUGUGGUGCAGGAAAUCGUUAGCUAUAGCUAUAUCUUUUUCAAAACAAGUCAAGUCAUCAAUCAGGCUAAGCAAUAUUAGUGAAGUAUGAUGCAAUGGGAGUAACAGAAUUCAGUUCACUAAAGGCUGAAGAUAGUGUGGAACUUCAGGAGAUAGAUGGAAAACCGAAAUAUAAACAGUUAAAUGAAAAUGGAAAUCAAAUGAAAAGUGCAACGUUAUUAUCCACUUCUUCAAAGAGAAAAGGUACUGAAUGGGUGUUAAAGACUUUUCGCAAAAAAUACUGUGUAAAAUACGUACCAAGUAGCAAAAAUCGAAACAUUUGCUGCUGUGGAAGGGAAAGAGAAAGCCAUGGUGAAGCAAUUACUGAGGAUGAAAUUGCUCAAAAUCAGUCAAUAGUUUGGGAUGUACAGUCUCAUUUAAGAGAGGAAGGAACAAAUGCCUAUGGAGAUAUUGAGUUUCAUGGAAGUGGGAAGAAAACAAGAGCAAAGUUUCUUCGUAUUUCCGCAGACACAAGUCCGAAAGAAGUUUUAUGGUUACUGAUCAAGGAAUGGCAUCUUGAAUUUCCUCGCUUGCUAAUAUCUGUAACUGGUGGAGCAAAAUCUUUUAAAUUAAACCCAAAAUUAAAAGCUUUGUUUACUGCUGGCCUUUCUAAGGUUGUUCAGUCAACAGGAGCAUGGGUGACCACUGGCGGUACAAAUACAGGUGUAAUGAAACAUGUUGGUGAAGCAUUGCAAGGUUCUUCAACGUUUGGGAUAAAUAAUAAUGCUGAAAUAACACGGAAUGUAAAUUGCAUUGGGAUUGCCACCUGGGGAAUAGUGAAUGAUCGUAAAAGAUUAACCAACACAAAAGGGAAGACUGUGGAUUAUCAUAUGACCAGUAGUUUUGAAAUGACAGGAGCAUGUCUGGAUAACAAUCAUACCCACUUUUUACUUGUUGACAGUGGUCUCAUAAACAGGUAUGGUGGGGAAAUAGCUUUUCGUGGAGCUUUGGAGAAGUGCAUUCGAAAAAUGGAAAUAGAUAAAAAUCGUGCUCAUUUUGGAGUCCCCGGUGUUCAGCUUGUGUUAGAAGGUGGACCCAAUACAGUUUUAACUGUUUAUGAGGCCAUCACGCAAGAGCCACCAAUGCCAGUUGUUGUUAUUAAAGGUAGUGGAAGAGCUGCUGACCUUUUAGCAUUUGCACAAGGAUUGACACAAGGGAGUGGUCCUCUGUUUCAAAUGGCAGAUGUUGUUGAGCAUGGACAGUUGAUUAGCAUGAUUGAACAAUUCUUUCCCGAGCUCAACAGCACAGGAACUAAAGCUGUAUACCUGAACAUAUUGAAGUGUGUUGAAAAAAAAGAGUUUAUUACAGUUUUUCAAAUGGACGAAGGACGAGAAAUCGAUGAGGCAAUACUAACAGCUUUUUUAAAAGGCAAAAACAUUCGUUCGUGUGACCAACUAAAUUUAGCCAUGCUUUGGAACCGUGCUGAUAUUGCUCGCUCACAAAUUUUUGUUGAAGGCGUUAAAUGGACUGAAGCAGAAUUAAAUGAUGCUAUGAAGUGUGCAUUGUGGCGAAAUAAACCAGAAUUUGUGGAACUGCUUCUGGAGCAUGGAGUCAGCAUGGCACGAUUUUUAACCAUUGAACGACUUGAAGAUUUAUACAACAGCAGAGCUACAAAAUCAAGUAAUAUUGUACGGACUUUGCUUGGUGAUGAGAAGUGUAACAAAGGUAUUAUUAAAUUAUCUGAUGUAAGCUGGGUUUUAAAGAAAUUGCUUGGAACAGAAAUACGCAACGAAAAAUAUGUUGAAAAAAUAAGUCACAUAAACAAGGCUAUUUUACCAAGAAACAUCAAAGAAGAGCAACGUUCUUUUAAACAUUCCUUCAGUGAGCUUUUUCUUUGGGCGAUAUUAUGCAAUAUGCCUGAAAUGGCAUUAUGCUUAUGGGCACAUGGGGAAGAAGCACUUGCAAAAGCACUGAUUGCAAAGAUCUUGUAUCAAAAUAUGGCUCAACAAUUAGAGAGACGACAUAUGCAAGAAGUAAUCAUUGAAAUUUUCAAUAAAAAUGAUGAGAAAUUUGGUGUGCUUUCAACUCAACUUUUGAAUGAAUGUUUUGAAUCAAACGAACUAUUAACAGGCCAGCUGGUUACAUACAACUUAGAGAAUUGGGGUCUGCAGACAUGUUUAAGUUUAGCAGUUGCAUCAAACCAUCAGGAUUUUGUUGCACACACCUGUUGUCAGGAUUUGAUCAGUUCAAAAUGGACUGGUGCAUUGCAGUUUAGUGGUGCACAAGCUUACCAGGUCCUGCUUGGUUUAAUCGUACCACCAUGCAUUCUUCUCUUGAAGUUUCGUUCACGAAUAGAGUUAUCCAAACUUAUUAUGACUGAAGAAGAACACAGAGCAGUGGAAGAGGAAGAACAAGAAUUAGAGCGACAGGAACAGCUUGAAAAUAUGAGAAAAAAUACGAAAGAAAAACAAAAUCAGCAUCGACCGUCCAGAUCUGUGGCAUAUGAAGACACAGAAUUGUCUUUAAGUAAUGCAUCAUACAGCAUUAGUUAUAAAGGAUCAACUUUAUCCAAUGAAAUGUAUGUAGAAUUGUCAAAACAGCUUCCAUGGUACAAAAAAUUAGUUGCGUUUUAUCGAGCCCCUGUCACAAAGUUUUGGGGGAAUGUUGCUGUUUACCUUCUAUUCUUGAUACUGUUUGCAUUCGUGAUCAGCACAGAACUAGGAGAGGAUCCUUUUAAUACUGAAUGGGUACUUGUUGUUAUGGUGAUAACAUUAUGUACUGAAGAAAUACGACAAGUUUUACAAUCAGAUGCUUACACAUUUAUACAUAAACUUCGUGAUUGGGCGUCAAGCUACUGGAAUAUCUGUGAUGCAAUCGCCAUUGCUUUGUUUUUUCUUGGGUUUGGUUUACGGAUGAAUGCAGAUACAAGAACUGCUGGUCAUGUUGUGUAUGCAGUUGAUAUCAUUCUUUGGAUAAUUAGAUUGUUGGAUAUUUUUUCUGUUAAUAAGUAUCUUGGUCCAUAUGUUGUCAUGAUUGGAAGAAUGACUCUUGACAUGGCAUACUUUAUGUUUAUUCUGCUGGUUUUUCUGACAGCGUACGGUGUUUCAAGGUACGCCAUCUUAAACACCAGCACAAAACGAACAUGGGGAACUAUUGGUGAAAUGGUGUUUGCACCUUAUUUUCAAAUAUAUGGUGAAUUGUUUUUAGAAUAUCCACAGCAAAACAAACAAGAAACAGUCUUCAGUACUGUCAAAGAAAACACCAUCAUUGAAGUUGUAGUUGCUCUCAUCAUGGCGGCUUACCUUCUUGUAGCUAACAUACUUCUACUGAACCUGCUUAUCGCUAAGUUUAACAAUACGUACACAACAGUUCAAGCCAACUCAAAUGUGAUAUGGAAAUUUCAGAGGUACCAUCUCAUUCAAGAGUACUCGAACAGACCUUGGCUUCUUCCUCCUUUAUCGAUCUUCAUCCAUAUCUUCCAGUUCUUUCAAAGCUUGUACAGAUCUUGCAAGAAGAGAGCGAAGAACAGACACACAGACAGAAAACUAAAAAAAUUUUUACACGAUGGCGAGCUUCACGAUUUAAUGUUAUUCGAAGAAAGAUGUUUGGCGAGUUAUCUACGAAAGAGAGACACAAUUUUGUUGGCUACCCAAGAAGAAAAAUUAAAAAUGAUUUCUGAAAGAGUUGACAAUAUUGCUGGAGUAUUUACUGAGUACAGUCGGGAAGUACAACAUCAAAACAAGAAAUUAGUUGCAUCAAGAACAAAACUCGAAGAGCGAGUGACCAGCAUUGAAAAUAUGAUGCGGACAGUUAUGCUCAAUGUAUCUCAUGUACAGGCUGCACUAAAAAACAAUAAUAUAAUACCUGACACCACGUAUGAAAGGCGAAAACAUGCUUUUAAGGAUACUCAUUACCUUAACCGUUCCAUUUCGGAAUAUCCGAAUCUUUCGGAUAAAAUUUCACUAGGCGCUGUUCCGGCUUCACCCGUCUCUUUACCAGCAACUGCUUACCAAUUUCCAAAAAGACGACCUGAACGUACUAGUAUGGUCAGAAGAGCCGCCUAUAAUUUUCGAAAGGGAUCGCUUGAGACGCAGAAUAUUCUAAAUAAGUCUAAUGUGGAUGGAGCUUCUGAAGAAACAACAGGACGUCCGAGACGUUUGACUACUGGCGAAGACAGUAUAGAUGAAACACAAACAGGAAAUAUGUACACUACAAGAAGAAACACCUUUCCAAGCCGACACAACCCUCGUUUAUCGACAGUCCUUUCAAGUGAGAAUGGCGAUUCCGAAGGGGAAUCACCGUUUGAGGAAUCUUUUGCACGUGCACACAACCAGUCUAAACAGUCGGAAUCCUCAACUACCAACAAAGAUAUACGUUCCGACAGUGCUCGCAGUAAUAGUUCAUACACUCAAAGUGAUGUCUCGAAUUCGUCAUACACACGCAGUGAUGGUUCCCAGAGAUUAAGUGACGGGUUCAACUCGAACGUAGAGGAUUUGGAUGUAGUUGAUCAAGGUAGUUGUGAAAAAGUCGUCAAUGUUCUUUCGCGUUGUACUAUGUACCCGUUGUCGAACGUGAAGAGAUUUAUAUUACCUGAUUACUUAGUCGAAUGGGAUGUGCCCGUAGACGAGUAUAAGCCACCGGAGUACACAUCGUAUACAAUUUCUGCCCAACCUGAAUGGGCAGAUAAAGAAAUUGUGGAAGGAGAUGAGAGCACAAUGAGAUUUAAUGCUAUAGAUGGCGAAAUAAAUCGCGUGAGUUUUACGGGAACAUAUCCAGUUAUUAACGGAUUACCGAGAAAUCCGUUCGGUAGAACUGGUUUGAAAGGGCGUGGUCUUCUUGCUAGGUACGGACCCAAUCAUUUCGCCGAGCCCAUCAUUACGAGGUGGAGUCGCAACUACUUUGAGAUGAGUGGGAAAUAUUCCGAUACGUUAGAAGUUUUGGUUUCCAUGAAAAAGAACUCUGAUACGCACGUGUUACCGAGCGGUUCUUUUGAUCAAAGAGAUGAAAUACCGCAAUCUCUGAGACACAUCUUCAGCGAGAAAACGUUGGAAAAUCUUGGAUUAAACGCAACACAGCGUCGUGUCUACGUCGAUGACGCGAAUAAGAUAUUCCAGAACGGAGAACUGAUAUUUCAAGGAUAUGUGGAUGAUCAACGCAACACUGAUAAUGCUUGGAUUGAAGCCACUGUCUAUAAUUACCAUGACGACAGUGGUACCAUCUUUUCAAAGUUUCUUCUGGGGAACGAAUCCGAAAGAUUGAAUAUUCAGUGGACAGAGGUGUGUGCUGAUAUUAACUUGCCAGAAUAUCAAGCAAAUUGGUUACAGCAGGUCGCUCUAAACAAGUGCGCCUAUUUUGGAUAGCGAAUCAAAAGUUGUCACAGGUGCAGGAAGAGUGGGAAGUUAAAAAAAUUACGCAAUCGUUGGUUGCAACCUGCGUAUGGAUCAGAAAUGCACAAGAAAAAAAAAUUGUAGCAUAUAUACAAGCAUUGGCCUACGAAAACUUCACCUAACUAUAACGCUAUUCCUAUUAGGCUUUUUCGGGCGUUCCAAAUCAAGAAGGGGGAAGGUAGCGCAGAUUGUGUCCCAUUCCCUAGUAACUUCUGUAUCACUUUUGUUCUUGCCUGUUUUUACGUGCAAUUUGAUGUCAACAAAAUCUCGAUGACGUCAUCAUUUUUCUGCUAUCGUCAUCGAUGUAAACACUGGACCAAAAAUUUUUUAUUUUCGGCUGAACAGUUAAUCAUUAAUUAUUCACGAAUUAAGCCUGUAAUUAGCAAUCAACGAUAUAUAUACACAUAUUCGAUGGAAAUUUAAAUGUAAAAAAUUUAAUUCCAGGACCAAAAAUUUCUCGUAUGUAAAAAAAAACAUUAUUAGAUCUUAGGAAAAUUAAAAAAAAAUUGACAAAUUGAUUCAGUUAUUCAAAAGUUACACCCAAAAACCUAUGAGGGAAUAGGGUUAAAUGGGAAUUCAAAACUAUGUACAUGUUUGAGCGAGUGAGCAUGACCUUAAAAUGUGUACGAACUAAAACCCUUCAGAGAUAAAUAUUUUAUAUAUUUUUUAAAUUUUGCAGAAAGAAAUAUUUUUAUGGGUUAACGGAUAUAUAAAUAUUUUCAUAAGAAUAAAUUGUUGAUGGAUUUUUAUCUUUUUUUAUUUAAUUUUUAUAUAAUUUAUAUAUAAUUUUAUUCAUUUCCUAGUUCGGUUAAUAUGGAAUAUUUUUUUUAUUUUAAUAAUUUUCUGGAAAUUGAUUUUUGUUUUUUCUUUAAACUGAAGAUGUCACUCCCAACCUCUCAUUCACAAAAAAACGUUUAUUUCAUAAGGAGGCUACACAAAAAGAAGGUUUUUCAUACAUUAUGUUGUAUUCUUUAUUUUUUACCAAUUACCAAUAUGACUGCCUGGUACAGGGGAGGUCCUAUAAAUUGACUUGUGUCCGUCCGUCCGUUAUCAACAUUUCCCAGAAUUGGAUCAUUAGUUUUUAUUUUUAUAUUGUGCACAAAGACAGAGACCCUCAAAUGCUUUCUGAGAAAAAAUCUUAUCAGCUCAAAAAUGGCGGAUCUAUGCUAAAUGAGCAAAAGCGAUCCUGAAAUAUGAUUUUUAGUACAUUUUGCUCAUUUAGCAUAAAUACGCGAUUGUUGACUGAUGUAUUCUGCGGAUGAUUUUUAGAAAGAUUUACCUUUUUAUGACGUUUUUCACAUUUCUAGUACAAUUGUUUUUUUGUUUGUGUUAACUAAUAGAGGUUUUUGUGAUAUUCUUUAAAUAGCUUAUUUAAAAUUUUUGUGAUUUUAAUCCUUUAACUUUUCCAUAUUUUCGAAAGACGUGUUUGUUGUAACGCA